AUGAGUUCCUCUGCAACGUUUCUUCUGCUGACUUUUUCAGCAGUAGCUCUCAUUGUAGUUGCCAAAAGUGACAGAACAAUGCCAGUCGAAAUGGAGGAAAAUGAACUCGUGAGUUUACUCAACUCUAUCAAUAAACCUGCAGUCACCAGUUUCCAGACCGAGCAUGGUGAUAUACUGGAUUGCAUCGACAUUAAUAAGCAGCUUGCCUUUGAUCAUCCUCUCCUCAAGAACCAUACAAUUCAGUUGAGGCCUAGAAAUAUACCUAAAUGGACAGUAAACAAUAGCACUUCAAAGAAUGGUGGUUCCAUGCCGUUCCGACAAGAUGACAUAAGUUGUCCAUUUGGGACAGUGGUUGUUAAGAGGACUACACAUGAAGAUCUUAUACUAUCUCAGCGUUUAAAAUCCACGGGGUCCAAAUAUUUAACAUAUGUUACUUCAAAGGAUAAGAACAUUGAUUUAACUGGUUUUCAUUUUGCAAUGGCUGAGUACGGACAUAACAAUUAUGGAGCAAAGGUAAACCUUAGCAUCUGGGAACCAAAAGUUUCACCCACUCAAUUCAGUUCUGCGAGUAUGCUUAUUGGCGGAGGCUCUAAAGAACAGUUUCAAAGCAUUAGAGCUGGAUGGAUAGUUUAUCAAUGGUUGAACCGGAAUCACAGUCGCUUAUACACCUAUUGGACUGCAGAUGGAUUUACCAAGACAGGUUGCUAUAAUACAUUAUGUCCUGGUUUUGUGCAAGUGAGCAAAAGAGUCCCACUCGGCAUUCUUCUUGAACCAGUUUCUGUUUACGAUGGCCACCAAAGUGAAGUAGGGAUCGUCAUCUAUAAGGAUGUCGUCACAGGAAAUUGGUGGUUAUUUGUACACGACGAAAUGGUUGGAUACUGGCCAAACUCAUUGUUCACAAAAUCAGGUUUAGGCCAUGGAGCAGGUUUGGUUUCGUAUGGAGGAGAAGUAUACAGUCCAGUGAAUGAGAAGAGUCCAGGCAUGGGGAGUGGGCAUUUCCCGGCUGAAGGUUACACAAAGGCAGCCUAUGUGAAUGGUUUUGAAGUGGUCUGUAAUAAUGAUAGCAUAUUUUCAGAGCCAAGUUUUCCUGUAAUGAUGUUUGCAAACACCCCAAAAUGUUAUAGAGUAAUGCCUGGUCGAGGUCAACUUAGAGUUUGGUUCGACUCUCUCUUCUAUGGAGGGCCAGGAGGAUGUGUUUAA